AUGAGAGUUACUGACAGAAGGUCCGACCGGAACCGAAAUCGGGAUCGUCUUACCGCGUGCGAGUUUGAACUGCGAGGAGCGGCAACGAGCUUCCAGGUAAAAUCCAAAGCGGAGUUCGCCAGCCGAACUCAGUUCAAACUCGCACUCGAGCGCAGCUGCACCACGCCUUCCCGAGAGCCUGGUGGAAUUCCCGGCUCGUUUUCCUGGUCCAGUGUUCCGCCGAGGGUGCCGCUCAGCUUUAGAGUUUUGCCGAGGUGUUCCGCCGAGGGUGCCGCUCCGCUCCAGGGUCUCACCAAGGGUGACGUUGAACCGCCACCUGGCCACGAAAGGGACGUCGAACCGCCGCAUGGCAGCGAAGGGGACGUCAAAUUGCCGCCUGGCCGCGAAAGGGGCAUCGAACCGCUGCCUGGCCGUGAAGGGGAUGUUGUACCACCGCCCCCGGGCUCCUCAGAAGGUGACGUCUCGCCCCCAAGCUUCCCUGAAGGCGACAACUCGCCCCCAAGCUUUCCUGAAGGCGACGUCUCGCCCCCAAGCUUCCCUGAAGGCGACGUCUCGCCUCCAAGUCUCCCUGAAGGCGAUGUCUCACCUCCAAGUUCCCCACAAGGUGAUGGCCCGCCUCCAAGUUCCCCACAAGGCUACGGCUUGCCUCCAAGUCCAUCUGAAGGCGAGGUCACAGAGUCCCAGAGGCCUCAGAGUCCCCUGCAAGGAGAAGCCAUGCCUCAGAGUUCCUCACAAGGCGAACACUUGUUCCCAUCUCACUCGUGUUGGACCUACUAUAUGGAUACGGACACCGACCUUCUCGAGGGGCAUGGAAAAGAGAAGCAGGAUCGCUUUGACCGAGCCAGACUGCAGGUGAUUAAGGACGGCUACGAGCGGGCGUUCGAGUGCAUUAACAAGGCUCUCUCCGAGGACGAGGCGGGACACAAGGCCCAGGCGUUGGAGCUUUAUCGCCAGGGACGCCAGCACCUUCUCAGAGCGCUUAGCGUGCCGACGCAAGGAGACGAGUGCGUGGGCGCUCAAUGGGAUUCGGCACGGCAGAUGCAGCAGAAGAUGCAGGAGACUCUGAACAACAUCGCGUCUCGGUUAGCGAUCCUGGAGAACAGCCUAAUUCCUUCAGCUACUCCUUCUCUUCCGAGCAGACCAGGGAACGAGGCGUCUUCUCAGAACCUGUACCCUACACUACCUACCAGACCACCACCACCCAAGGUGCUGCUCUCCAACAGCCAGGCUGCAGGGAGCGAACAACCUCCCGCGUACUCGCCGCAAGCUGCAGAUGGACACGUCAGUAUCUCAUACGGGACGGCUUCAGGUGAGCUUUCUUUAGUCGGGGAUGAGUACUACAGCCAAACACCCAGCUCCAGCACCUCACCACAGAUCACGUGGGAAGACGGAGAGGAAAUGUUUUUCCUGCCUAACGGCGUCCAAAUCUUCUUCGUCACUCCCGAUGGAAAUGUGAGCGCACCCUCAUACCCAGGAUACCUGCGUAUCGUGAAGUUUACCAGCGACUGUCCGGAGGAGACGCCCACCAGGCCACCUGCCUUCCUGCAGGUGUGUGACUGGCUUUACCCUCUCAUGACCACUGACUCUCCAGUCCUGCUGUGUAACACAGGAGUUUACAUGUUCCCUGAUUUGAUGGCUCCUUCUCCAGGCUACUAUGUAGGCGUGGUGCUAUCAUCUGAGCUGCCCCAGGCAGAACGCAACCUGUUCCAGGAACUCCUGUCCCAACUGACCGACUUGAGAGUCCAGCCGUCUGAGGCAGCAGCAGAUAUUAUUGACCUGCCUCAGAAGGUGCCCAUAGAGCCAGCAAGGCCUGAAGAGGUGCCCUCUACUGACGAGGAGAAGUUACUUCCAGAGUGGAGCGAGAAAGUGGCUCAUGGGAUUCUUACAGGAGCUUCCUGGCUGAGCUGGGGAUUAACCAAGGGAGCAGAAUACACAGGGAAGGCCAUCCAAAAAGGAGCAUCCAAGCUGAGGGAACACAUCACGCCUGAUGACCGGCCCACCCAAGUCAGCCCUACGGUCACCAAAAGCCUGCACGUAGCCAAGCAAGCCACAGGAGGAGCUGUGAAAGUCAGCCAGUUUCUGGUGGAUGGGCUGUGCACCAUUGCUGGUCAUGUGGGCAGAGAGCUAGCCCCUCAUGUAAAAAAACACGGAGGUAAACUCAUCCCAGAAUCCAUGAAGAAAGAUAAGGACGGGCGAUCCAAUAUCGAUGGGGCCAUGGUGAUUGCUGCAAGUGGAGUUCAAGGAUUUGCCACGAUGUGGACCGGCCUGGAAAUCGCCGCCAAGAACAUCGCGAAGAGCGUCGCCACCGAGACCGUCACCACCGUCAAGCACAAGUAUGGGGCUGAAGCAGGGCAGGCCACCGACCACGCGGUCAACUCCGCCAUCAACGUGGGAGUCACAGCGUUCAACAUCGACAACCUGGGCGUCAAGGCCAUGGUGAAAAAGACGGGGAAAGAAACGGCACACGCCAUUCUGAAAGACUACAGAGUGCAAGACGGAGAGGAACAAGAGGAGAAGAAACAAGAGGAAAAGCCCAGAGAGAAGAAAUAGUCUUCUGUAUUUGAAUGGACAAGCCUCACAGUUCAUGGUUCAUGGUUCAAGGUCUGUUUGACAUGGAAAAGGUGUUCGGAUGUGUCAUUAUUGUAAAUCAGCCAUGGUGGAACUAAUGCUGACCUGCUUUGUUUUAUUUAAAAAAAAUAACCUUGGUUCUUUAAUCUAGGUUAAUAAUGGUUCUCACCGUUUCAUUAUUUACCAACAUGCUGCCUAUAUAUUGUAGUUUGGGUCUAUUUUUAUACUGAUAAACUCCUCUUUUUAAGAUUUCAACCGAUUUAAAGGUCUCCAUGGUUGCCUUAUUCUCGACAAAGCUGUGAAAGUGUAAUAGUGGUCUACUGUAGAAUUCAGAGAAUGUUUUUUUUUCUUUAGCCUUUAUUUGUCUGGCCUGAAAAAUCUGAACACAAAAGCAGGUUUAAUUCUUCAUGCUUUUUCCUGGACAUAGCUGGAUGAUGAAUCUGCUUCAGGACAGAGCGCAUAAAAAUCUAAUCAUAACGUUGAAGCAGAGCAGGAUUUUUUCAUAAAAUAAAUUAAAUGAAACCAAAGCUUAAUGAUAAAUCUUGAAAUCAUAUUUAUUUAUAAAGCACAUUCAACAUUCAUUUGUUCAACUUUAUGCUCAUCUAAAUGGUAUGUGUAUUAGAAUAACUUUCCAGCCCUUUUGCACUAUUACUAUCAAAUACUGAAAAGACUGUUUGUAGCUGCUAUAAUGGGGUGAAAACAGGAAAUAACUUGCUUCAUGGACGUUCUACGCCAAUAAUCUCAAAUGCAAAUCGAUAAAAAAUUAAGUCCUUUUUAAAUAAAUUUUACAGUGUCGAUUGA